UUUAAACAAAAAAUCUUGUCACAAAAUAAAGCCCUAGCAAAGAAAAACUCAAUUCUAAUGACAAAAGUUGCAGAUUUAGAAAUCAAGAUAUCAGAUCUUAUACAGCAAAAUAUUGAGCUUAGAGCAAUCAAUGCCAAAAGUGAAGAUCAAAAGAGAAAAUGGCUAGAAGACAAAUUAAACAUUAUUGAAAAUGGUGUCAGUCAAAGAUUUGAGGAAAUGUUUCAAAUGUUUGCCACCAUAAGAUCAAAUGAAGGUUUAGCUUCUUCCUCAGUGAAUGUGAACAAUGUUAUUCAAAAUGUUGCGCUUGAAAAUUCAUCUGAUAAGACCGUGUCGUUCCAUGAUGUGAAAAGUCCAGUAAAGAAAAAUAUAUCUGAAAGAAGACGGAAAAGUGCAAGAAGGCAAUCAAUGUAUAUUGCACCCCCACCUUCACCCCCACAGGACCAUUUCAAUGAUGAAGCUAAUGAAGAAGAUUUUGAAAGAGUACAAAUUCCUGAUGAUUUUAAUACACCAAGUGUUUUCCAAGAUGAACAAAAUUAUGAAGAAGUGCAAGAAUCUAAUGAACCUCAAAUCAAUGAUGCUUUCAUAGCAGAGGAAGAUGCUGAGACAGAGGAACCAGAACUCAAGGAGCACGAUGAAGCUGAACAUGCUGCCACGUUAUCUCCAAUCAAAUUCUCUUCGCCAAAGAUGCCAGAAUAUCAUUAUCCAAAAUUCUCAGUAUACACUGAAACUGAAGAUGAUAAUGAAGCUCCAAAUAAAGAGGAAAUUGAUUUAAAGAUACAAAAAUUAGCAGCUGGGUCUGUAAAGAGUGGUCAAACAUCAGAAAAGGAAAAACAAGAAAAUGAAGAAGCAAAAGAUGAAUUAGAAAUGAUUGAUUUCACUGAUUUUAAUGAGAAAACAAAGAACCUACUAUUUCAAGAUAAUGACAAGAUCAAACAUACCAAAUCAAAAAAGCAAAAGCAAAAAUCAUCAAAAGAUGAAACUAUGCCAGAACCAAUUUCUUCAGAUAUGUUAUCAACACGUAAGUCAAGAACAAGAGGUAAAGCAGUGAAUUAUGCAGAGCCAUCAUUAAGAAAAAAGAUGAGACGUGAGUCUGAACAAUUGACAGAUGCUGUUAUUGAUAAAGAUUUUGUGGUCAAGACCGAGUCUAUUUCUCAACCUCAAACAAUGAAGAAAGAUUCAAUUGAUCAAGAUUUAUUAAAAGCCUCAAGAGAUUCUCCUAUUAAAAUUAAUGUACAACAACAAAGUUCUCCAAUCAAGCCUGUUGAAAUUGCUAAGGAUCCUUCACCGGUUAAAGAACAAACAAAACCUAAACCAACACCUCUGAUUGAACAAGAUAAUCAAAAUAUCAC